UACGUUUGUCCGUAUGAAGAAUUUGUUUUUAUAUAGAAAAGGUUUUUAACUACAGAACAAACAUGGUGGAAUCAAGUAUUCUGCAAAAGCUGACAUUUUUUCCUUUGGGGUCAUCCUCUUUAAAAUUCUGGUUCGCUGUAAAUUCGACUCUGAACUGGAGCAAGAAUUUUCCUCCAUGAUGCAUGAAGGUGUUAAGGAAGUUAAUGAUUUAGAAACCUGGAAACAAAAGUGGAAGCUGGCAAGUAAAGACUCUGACCUAAUCAGUUCCAUGAUUUCACAAAAUCCCGAGAGAAGACCUGCUUGUGCUGAAAUAAUUUCAAAACUACAGGAAAUUCCUGACAUAACAAAUGGCAUCGUUCCCUUCGACACUAAACCGGAACAUUUCGUUUACGAAGGGCCUGAGCUCGAUUUGAAUUGUUUUACUAUCAGUAAAUGUGAAAUUUUAACUUUACUCACGCUUAAUAACGUCUCCGUACAAAUAUCCGAGUUAAUGAAAUGUCUCGAGAAUUGUGUAAAUCUAAAAUAUUUGGAUCUUUCAAUAUCGCAAAGGGAAAGUGGGACGGAGAAGGAUUUGGGGAAGGAUCUUCCUUACAGACCAGUCAAUCUUAAGCAUCUCACAAAUUUCAAGCUGCAUCAUCUCAACAAAUUAUGCAAUUCCGAUUCACUAACAAAUAUUACGGAAAUUAGUACAGAUAUUUUACGAAAUUUACUAUUUUUUGAGAGUAAUAUUUUCUCUCAAAUUAUAUCUAACAAAAUGACAAUUUCUUUAAAGUUAAGGGGAGCAAAUUUAUGCCAGAUUGACAUAAUUGAGGGCAAAUUUGUCACAUAUUGUGAGUCUGCCUUUGAUCUAUUUGACGAUUUACUUUCUGUCCAAAAUUUUGAAAUAAUUCGUACCAUGACGCCUUGUAAAGACUUGGAAAGACAGGGAGCAACAUGUAGAGAUGUCGAACUUUAUAAAAUGAAUCAGAAAUCAGUAUAUUUUGAAGAAGGAAAAUUAUUUAGCAGUUUCAAAUUGCUUGUACGACUUUUUUUAAAUGGAUGUCCCAAGACUUUACAAACUCUGAAUUUUAGUUACUUAUCCAAUUCCUUAAAUAUUCUCGUUCUAAAAGGAUUUCAAAUUAAAUUUCCAGAAAAACAACAACCCAAAAAACUAGUACUUUCAAUUCUAACUUUGGACGAAUGUCUAAUUUCAAGAGAUUUUGUGGACAAAUAUGAUCAAAUUCUAGAAGUGGAGGUGUUAACUAUCAUCUCCUGUCAAUCUGGAGGAGAACAUUGCCGCAAUUUUGACCUGGUGUGUUCCGUGCUUAAAACAACUUGGGAUGUGAUUCGAUUGAAACCAUUUUAUUGGAAUUGUACGAAUAGGGAAUUUGGUAAAAGUUUGAUAGAAGAGUAUUUUAAAGAUGUCCCCAGAGGUUGUGAGAUGAUUGAAAUUAUUGGAAACAAUAAUGUAAUUUCAGUGGUGAAUAAGGAAUUUGAGUACGAAAAUGAAUUCGCUGAAUGUACAGCAAUGGUGGAUGAAAACUUUUAAAAAUACAUAAUUAUGUAAAUUAUCGCCUAUGAUUCUUCUCUUCAACAAGUUUGGUGAAGAGUAUUUUAUUUACUAAUACAUACAUGGGUACAUAAAUGUAUGUGUAUAAAUAAUUUAGAUGUAUGUACACCCUUUUAUAUUUACAGUUACAUUAAUUUGGGAGAAAUAAUUUUAAUUUUCAAUAAACUAGAA